GAUCAGAUCAAAUGGGGAAUGCUUUGAGAAAUCAGCCAUUUCCUAGCAUUUUCCCUGAGCUAAAAACCAGUCCUACUUAUAAUUCUCAGAGUGCUGUCAAUUAUGCUUACCUGUCUAUGAUAGCAGUUUCAUUCUUUCUCAUUCUACCUGGUAUCAGAGGUCUGCAGCGAUGCUGGACACUACUUCGUGUGUAUACGGCAGUAUGGAUAGCAGGAGUUCUGCUCAUCUGCAACUAUAGUGCCUGGUACGGGGAUACAAUAUGCACGAGGACACAGUACAAAGCUUACACUGGCGGCCAGAAUGUGCCCCAAGAGAUUGAAGCAGAAGUUGGACUUCACAUAAGUUUGAGAGGCAUCAACAUUACAGUCUCUGAGAAGGACUGUGGUUUUUCCUCUCACUACAUUUCUCCUUUUCCCGAUGAGACUAUCAACUACAAUGAGCAUUUCUCUUGGUCUAAUCCCUGGGGACAAGGAAGACAAGACUUUGGAAAGUAUGGAGGGAAAUUCAGACAGCAGUUUAGAGAAGCUAAGUAUCGAGGUGUUCCUUACCCAAUAGCAUGGAUUGCAGAGUAUUUCAUUAUUGACGGAGAACAGAUUCGCUGGUAUAGAAAAUUCAGACAAGCGGGAUGGUACACUCACAUCAUAAUGUGGUUGGCCUUCACAACACACCUCUUCUCAAUUUUGCUCUUCACGAAAAACAUCCGGAUUGGAACUUGGCACUUAGCAAUGACUGGGUCACUCAUGCUUCUAGCUUGUCUGUCUUACAGUACUAUUAUUUUGAAUGAUCCAAUACUUCAAAUUCAUUUUCCUGACGACACAUUGACACCAUGUAUAAAGCCUGCAUUUUGGGUGACCUUGGGGACUGGACUUGCGACAGUACUGAUUGCCUGUACCCUACUAAUACUCGAGAUGUUGAUCCCGUUGAAGAUGGCAGAAUUAUUCAAUAUGAAAGACGACUCAUUUUUUGAGGUUGAUGAGGAAAUUACACAAUCGUUUGCUCAGAUGUCUCUAAUGAAACAAAAGUCCGACUACAGACCCUCAUUGAGGGGAGCUGUGAAACGAAGAACAAAGCGGCUUUCCAAACGAAAAUCACGCGAUAGUUAUGUAUCACAGGAAGUCUGUAAGCAACCAAAGGCAAAGCCUACCUAUUCUGAUAACGAGAAGGAAGACUCGUCUGUAACUAUGAGAACCAUUUCGUCACAUGACCAACCAGAAAUUGAAGUUUUAAAUGAUAUCACUCAUCUAAACUAUUUUACACGCUCUGGCGAACAACAAAUUCACAAGUUGGACAAUACUCUUUCUGUAAUGACUUCCCAUGAUUUGGAAAUGGAAAUACAAGUAGCUGAAAUCAUACUUAAAUGACCAUGUCUGUAACUUUGAUAGUGAAGAAAUACUCGAUCUAUAAAAUAAUAAUGAGGCAUGGUAUUGGGUAUAGUCUCAU